CUCAUUCACGCAUGCGCGGUAAGUAAUGGCCGUCAUAUGACUGGACAUGCGCAGAGCUGUCAUUUGUCUGAAGGAAUUUGGAUAGUUGUUCAAGUCAGAUCAGAUCACACGCUUAAACUUGGACCUUUAUAAAGGAAAUCCUAAUUUAUUCUGCCGCAACCGCAGAGUAUAGAGCUUGGUGCCAAAGUAAAACCAGCCAAUUUUGACAGCAGCAAAAUGGCCGACAUGACAGUGGACGAUAUGGCAAUCAGAGCAAACCAAGUGACCGAUGAGUCUCUUGAGAGCACUAGACGGAUGCUGCAAAUGGCAGAGGAGACCAAGGAAACGGGAGUUAAAACCAUGGUCAUGUUGGAUCAGCAGGGAGAACAACUGCGGAAUGUGGACCGGGGCAUGGACCAGAUCAAUCAGGACAUGAGACAGGCUGAGAAGAACCUGACCGACCUGUCAAAGUGCUGUGGCCUGUGUGUCUGUCCCUGUGAUAGAGUGAGAUCUAUUGAGAGUGAUGGGCGGUACAAGCGCACUUGGGGCACUGGAAGUGAAACUGCCAGCACAGUGGGAGGUGAUGGGGGUGUUAUUUCCAGCCAACCUAUGAACCAGCGCAAUGGCCAAGCAACAACACCUUCCGGUCCUUAUAUAAAGAGAAUAACAGAUGAUGCACGCGAGGAUGAAAUGGAGGAGAACCUGGGCCAGGUGGGCAGCAUCAUUGGGAAUUUGAAGACCAUGGCUCUGGACAUGGGAAAUGAGAUCGACAAACAGAACAAGACCAUUGACCGCAUUAAUGAGAAGGCUGACAUGAAUAAAGCUCGUAUUGAUGAAGCCAACCAGAGAGCCAACAAGCUCCUGUAGAGAAGUGAAUUCCACAGAGCAAGCGGCUCCUCUUCCACUCUCUUAUCCCAUGCACACAUACAAGCACCUAUUCAUAUAGGGCAAAUAAUUUCAGCUUUAGAAAUGUUCUUCCAGUGCCACCUGUGCCUCUGUCAUUGUUUAGAUGCUAUUUUGUAAAUAGUACUGUACACACACUGCCUCAUUCAGGUCUUCAUCACUAGAUGCGAUAUAAAUGCUGGAUACACAGCUUGUAAUUAUGCAACAUGCUCUGGUGAUCGCUGAUCUGAUUUCCUGUGAUAUUCUCUGAGGGUUGCUGUUUUAAUGCCCUCUCAGUUCUUGGGUCAGCAUGGCUGAUAUGUUGGAUUUGUUAUUGUCCACAAAAAGACCAGAGACCUGUAUCUAAUGUUUCCACAUGUCUGUGUGUGUUUUCCCUUAUUAGGCUGUAAUAUGAGUUCAUAUUAACUUACUCAUGUUAGGGUUAUUAUAAAUGUUUACUUGUUGUAUCCUUCUGUCUGUCUUUGAUUGUGUCUAUAUUUAAUUAUAAAAUGGCAGUGAACUUGUGAAUUAACUUGUAAAUGAAUUAAUGGCAUUAUCAGCCCACUGUUUUAGUUGGAAAUGAAUUGAGUGUUAAAAAGUAUGUGUACACACUAUAUUGACACGAAGAAAGAAAAUGUAUGUGUAUUUUCACUAUGAAAUGAAUAGAUCUGCUAGAUAGGGUUUAUUAAAGUUAAAAAUCUUUUAAUAAAGCACAUACAGAGCCUUUA